AUGGCAAUAAUCAGUAAGGCACCUAAGCGAAAGAUUGCACCCGCUGUCCCUAGCCCUUCAAAGGGUGCCGUCUCCCGCGCCUAUACGUUUGGUGUGAAACGAGUCACGGCUUCAAAGCUAGAGCUAGAACACGCCGAUGGACUCUACAGCUCUAACAAUAUCCUUAAAAUAGCGGAUUCCCUCAUCGCCUAUUACACUAACGCGGAAGCUGAUCUGGCUGCGCACUACCCGAUCGCCCUGUGGGAUGCUGCACCUCCCCGGCCCGUCAUGGAUGCCAACAAUUUCGAGGCAGAGAUAGCCAAGUCCGGCGUGUGGAACGGCCCGUUGUUUGACAACCAUGGAGAGUGGAUCUCCCCGCCUUUCCUGGCCGCUACCACGCCCGGACAAGGCGAUUGGCACUUCGGCUCCGUCGUCGCCUCCGCCGAUAUGCUACGCGAUGCUCACGUCGUCAAGGUUGACCCUAAAGGAUUUUUCUUUCAUCACAGAUUUCUGCAACAUGGUCAUGAUGUUUCGGGACGAUCUACCUGUCUAGAUAGUUCAGCCUGGCAACUGUCGGGCUUGCAAAACCGGCCGGUGAAGGAGGCCCUGCCGUAUUCUCGCAACGAGUGGAAGAACAUGGACAAGCACCGGCCGAUUACAUUACGACUUGGACCGAGUAACUUUUGGGUUCUCCGGGAGGAGGCUAUUUAA